AUGGAUGAACAUUUCGAGAGUGCUCUACACUAUGGGCACACAGGAAGGGCCAUCUAUCUGCCCGACACGCGCUCCUGGUCCUUUACUCGUUCAUUUAAACGGCCUUCCUUAAUCUCAAAUACCGGGUUGACUCGAACAACCGUUCCGUCACCACUUGCCCCAGCCCAACGUCAACAGUUCAUCGAGCAUCUGCCUUCUGCAGGCCAGGGUCUGAUUCCGAAAGUACUGCCCGAUCUUGCAUCUGAUUGGUCCUCUGUGCGAAAUGAUUCGUUUUCACGAGCAGUCACGAAUACGAUCAAGUCUUACGAUCCCCAAGCAUCUACUUUACUCGAUCUUGGAUACGCUGAUCCUGCCCUGGAGAAUCUGAAUGCUCGGCAGAACGUCGCUAUUGCCGCUGCCGUGACUGGCGAAUGCGGCAAUAUAAUCACUUUCCGUGUAAUGGAAGAAGAUCAUAUCCAACUAGAUGACGACCACCCACUGCAUAUUCCAUGUAUCGGCGAUGACGAUGGCGAUGACACCGAAUGGUCGAGACGAGGAGCCCCGAUCCUCCAAGUCUGCUUUGCACGAUCAUUGGAGGAAAGACCACACUGGAUGGCAGCUCGACUGCCCGACGUAACAGUGAUAUUUCGCCCUCGUUUAUAUCGUCGUGAGGCUGUGCCGAUAUACGUUCCCGAAAACGACAUUUCAGAAUUUGCAGUUCCGCGUCGAAAUUCCCCGCUUGAUGCAAACCCCGUAUUGGAAAUAUCAAUCAUGCAGACUGGAGGCGCACCGCAUGCUGAUGUUACGUUCAAUCCUUGGUAUCCUCGUCAAUUUGGCAUCGUCGAUACUGAGGGGCAUUGGAGUAUUUGGGAGAUUACUGGUCACCCUCGGAAACGGAAGUCGGCUUUUGCGGCGAAAUGUCUGAAGAGGGGCUCGCUGCCUUGGAUGGAUCAGUUUCAGGAUCCGAAUGGUCCUCAGUAUGAUGGGUGGUCAUCGAUCGAGUGGGUCGGUGAUGUUUCAACGGUCCUUGUCUCUGAUCGUCGUUGUGUCAUGGUCUCUCCAAUAGUCGGCGAGGAUAGUCAAGCUUAUCCUGUUGAAUUGGGGUUGACUUUGCAGUCUGAAUGGGUCCUGGAAGUACUCAGAAGUGCCCAGAAUACAUCACACUUCUUCGUUCUCACCACCACUCGACUGCUCUGGUUUGAUAUGGGAAAUGCACGGCCGAAUAGGAGCGGGGAGAUGCAACCUCUGGGGGCUCGGCUGGCCUGGCGUCACUUCCGAGAUCCCGAGGACCUCACAUUACGUCUAAGUAGUGUGCAGAUGGGAAACAAUCUACAGAUCGUCCUUUACUCCCGCCUCACCACACUUGUGCAGACAUUUCAAGUUCCUGUGAUCAACGAGGAACAGACUGAGUCUGGCUCUGUAUCCGACUCCGUUAUGCUCGAUAUCCCAUCAACAAUCGAGGUAUCUUCUCUCGGAGAAAUUUCUCAUACGCCUUAUUCGACCUUUGUAUUCCGACAAGUUGGCUAUGCUCCCAUCAACCCAGCAAUCACAGAGUACAACACUGACAUGACUCUCGUCAAAUUAUUCUGGUCAGACUCAAACUUUGCUGUCCACGAAACUCUAUUUCGAGGUGCAGAUGCAAAGAGCGACGAGCAGGAUGAACUUGGCGAGGAGAGCCAUGGAAGUCAUGUCUUACAAUUGAGAAAGAAGCUACCUAACUUACGUUCAAAGUUGAAAGACGACGAUGACAACGACGAGUUUAUUGUCGAUGACUGGGAUGAAUCUACGGUUGCUCCCCCCACGCGCGGUGAUUCCGAGUCGCUUCUACGGCCUACUCUGAGCCAAUUGGCCAAGGGGUUACAAAACAAUACUCUGAGCACGCUCACCGAGUGGAACGCCACUGAAACAAUGCUCGAGUUAAGUGAUGGCCGGCCCUUACUGGAUGAUAUCGACCAGGGUGCCGAGGAUCUAGCUGGACUAGUCGCAACUGCUCUGAGAUUCGAGGAUACCGAAGCCCAGAGAAGCUUUAUGGUUUUGCCGCUCCAUCUUUCGAAAUUAUUUCAUGGCGUUCUUAACGUACCCCAGGGAGCCCGCUCCGGAUUGGAUUUCUUGGAUACAUAUGAACAGCUUGUCACGGAUUGGGUCACCAGUCUUCCCCAUGGAAUAAAUGGUAUACCCGACCAAACCCGAAUUCUGAAGGAGAAAAUGAUCCGCCAAAUAGCUCUCGACCUCUGCCUGGCACGCCUUAUCCGAAUUUCCAAUACAACCGACUCCAAAGCGGCCCGGACCGUGGCCGUCGAAUCGACGAACCAACAUCAACCUCCCGUGAAUCCAACGAAAUCAUCUUCAGGAAAUGCCAUCCAAUUACCCUCCUCUCAGUGGCAGCUACCGAGCAGUCAGAUAUUGCCUACGCAACAGGACAGCUCGAGUCAGGUGCCGCCAAGCUCGGCACCCUCCGCACCCGAGGAACCCGUCCAUGAGAACCAGAACAAACUAUACAGCAACCUGGCCGCAUUCACAACCUUCCGAGAACCACGUCGACAACCACGAAACGUAGCCAUGCUCCUCUCCCACUGGAAACCCGGCACAGACCCAUCAACCUACGAAUGGAACAAAACAUCACAAAUGCUAGAGAACGAGGAAAGCCAAAGAAUGUCCGCACCCGGGACCCCACGACGUAGCCGAAGCCAAAGCAAGCGAUCCCGAUCCCGAUCAAAGUCUGUCGCGCCGGAGGCUUCAACUUCAACUUCGGCUUCGGCUUCGGCUUCAGCUACGGCUACAAGUGCAAGUGCAACAGCCCUGCCACCUACCCCCGUCGCACCCAUGAUACGGGCAAGAGCAAGUCAACCCAGUUGGACGGCUGUCACCUCUUCUUUACCAAUGGCUAGCAGUCAACCGACACUCGAUGAAGUGCCAAUGACUCAAAUUGAACGCGGGCCGUUUGGGGCGCGCGAAGGGUUGAAGAAGACGCCUAAGGCGAAAAAGAAGAGGCGAGCUGCUGGGUUUUAG